CACUUCCAUGAGGCUGCAUACAUGGCAGAUGACCGUCAAGACCUCCUCAAUGCGAUCAACGAGUUCUUAGACUGCAGCAUUGUCAUCCCCCCAUCAGAGGUGGAGGGGAAAGACUUGCUGAAAUCCAUUGCCACCUUCCAGAAGUUGCUGCUGAGGAAGAGGAAGGAGAGGGAGCAGAAGUCCAUGAAGGAGGGGGAUGUCCAGGAAGCCAAAGAGCUGUGUGAAGUGAAAGCUGAGGAAGAAGAGGAGGAAGCUGAGGACGACCCUUUGAAGCGGACCGGGAUAUUUUUUGGAGGUCUGGUUCGGGACAUAAAGCGCAGGUACCCCAAAUACCUCAGUGACAUCAGAGACGCCUUGCACAGCCAGUGUCUCGCGGCCGUUCUCUUCAUCUACUUUGCUGCUCUCUCUCCUGCCAUCACCUUCGGGGGACUCCUAGGAGAGAAAACUGAGGGUCUUAUGGGGGUCUCCGAGCUGAUAAUCUCCACCUCGGUUUUAGGGAUCCUCUUCUCCCUGCUCAGCGCCCAGCCGCUCCUGGUCAUUGGCUUCUCAGGGCCUCUGCUGGUGUUUGAAGAAGCUUUUUACAAGUUCUGCCAGACACAAGGAAUUGAGUAUCUGACAGGCAGAGUGUGGAUUGGUUUGUGGCUCAUCGUCUUCAUCUUCAUUAUCGUGGCAGCUGAGGGAAGCUUCUUGGUGCGUUACAUCUCGCCCUUCACCCAGGAGAUCUUUGCUUUCCUCAUCUCCCUCAUCUUUAUCUACGAGACCUUCUACAAACUGUAUAAGGUGUUUGCAGAGCAUCCCCUGCUGAAAUUCUACCCACCGAAUGCGCAGAAUGGCCUGAAUGCCAGCAUGCUCUCUGCGGAUCCAAUGUCGCUGGGAAUCAGGAUGCAGCCCAACACCGCUCUCCUCUCCCUCAUCCUCAUGCUAGGCACCUUCUUCAUUGCCUUCUUUAUGCGCAAGUUCAAAAACAGCCGUUUCUUAGGAGGAAAGGCCCGGCGGAUCAUCGGAGACUUUGGGAUCCCCAUCUCCAUCCUGGUCAUGGUGCUGGUGGAUUACACCAUCACUGACACGUACACGCAGAAGCUGAAUGUCCCCUCUGGCCUGUCGGUCACAUCUCCUCACAAGCGUGGCUGGUUCAUUCACCCCAUGGGCAGCAGUGGGACCUUUCCGAUGUGGAUGAUGUUUGCCUCCGCUAUCCCUGCCCUGCUGGUCUUCAUCCUUAUCUUCAUGGAGACACAGAUCACUACGCUGAUUGUGAGCAAGAAGGAGAGGAAGCUGCUGAAAGGCUCCGGCUUCCACCUGGACCUGCUGCUCAUAGGCACUAUGGGGGGGCUUUGUGCCCUCUUUGGGCUGCCCUGGCUGACCGCAGCCACUGUGCGCUCUGUCACCCACGUCAACGCCCUGACGGUGAUGAGCAAGGCCAUUGCUCCAGGAGAGAAGCCCAAGAUUGAGGAGGUGAAGGAGCAGCGUGUGACAGGAGUGCUUAUCGCUGCCCUCGUCGGUUUGUCCAUUGUGAUGGGGAACAUGCUGCGGCAGAUCCCGCUGGCUGUGCUCUUCGGCAUCUUCCUCUACAUGGGGGUUACAUCGCUCACCGGCAUCCAGCUCUACGAGCGGCUGCUCCUCAUCUUCAUGCCGUCCAAGCACCACCCUGACCACAUCUAUGUUGUCAAGGUGAAGACCUGGAGAAUGAAUCUCUUCACCUGCAUUCAACUGGCUUGCAUUGUACUGCUCUGGGUGGUGAAGUCUACGGUGGCAUCCCUGGCCUUCCCCUUCGUCCUGAUCAUGACAGUGCCGUUGCGGCGCUUCGUGCUGCCCCGCUUCUUCCACGACAGGGAGCUCAAAGCGUUGGACUCGGAGGAUGCAGAGCCAAACUUUGACGAGGAUGGCCGGGACGAGUACAACGAGCUGCACAUGCCUGUGUGA